AUGCUCCCUGAUGCCAUGGCCCCAAUGCGUAUCUGCACGUUGAUAUUUACACUUGCCUCCUCGUUGGUGUGGGCAGCUCCUCAUGGCAGCUCCGCAUCUCCAGCCAGCAGGCAGUCGACAGAGAAGCUCGUCUUCUGUCAUUUUAUGAUUGGCGUCGUAGAUGACAGAACCAGCGCCUCCGACUACGACAAUGACAUGCAGCAAGCCAAGGCCGCUGGGAUAGACGCCUUCGCGCUUAACAUCGGCAUAGACGGCUUUACAAGUACACAACUUGACUUUGCAUACGAGUCUGCCCAUUCCAAUGGCAUGAGCGUCUUUAUCUCCUUCGACUUCAACUGGUACUCAACGUCAAACACUUCAGGCAUAGCAGACACGAUUGGCACUUAUGCAGGCUAUCCAGCGCAGCUCUUGAUUGACAGCAAGGUCUUUGUCUCUUCUUUCUCUGGAGAUGGCUUGGACCUUGCUGGCGUCCAAUCUGACUUGACAGCCCACGAGAUCUUCUGGGCGCCCAACUUCCAGCCAAAUAACAUUGCCUCCGCUGAUGCGCUCUUCAACUGGAUGGCAUGGCCGAAUAAUGGCGACAACAAAGCUCCAGACGCUGGUAAUAACUUGACAGUCUCUGAAGGCGACACAAGCUAUACAACCGCUCUUAAAGGGAAACCCUACGUUGCACCCGUCUCUCCUUGGUUCUCGACCCACUUCGGCCUUGAGGUCAAAUACAGCAAAAAUUGGGUCUUUCCUUCCGACCUUCUUUGGUUCGAUCGCUGGACUGAGAUCCUAAAUCUUGGCUCGCAGUUCGUCGAGAUUCAAACCUGGAAUGACUAUGGCGAAUCUCAUUACGUCGGACCUCUCUCAUCUCCUCACAUCGACGACGGGAACUCGAAGUGGACAAACGACAUGCCCCACGAUGGUUUUCUUCAAAUGGCCAAACCUUACAUUGCUGCUUUCCACGCCGGGUCCAAGACUGUAGAUAGCCACAUCGAGUCUGACCAGCUAAUUUACUGGUAUCGCCCUACCCUCAAGUCUGCCUCUUGUGGCUCCACGGACAACUGCGAACAGCCGUGGCCUAGUCCCACACCCAAUCCCAACUACUUCACUGGCAAGCCCAACGGCUAUGAUACCAUGGAGGAUUCUGUCUUCGUCAUUGCUCUCCUGACUUCCCCUGGAAGUGUUACCGUAACUUCUGGCGCCAAUGGGCCCGAGACAUUCGGUGCUCCGGCAGGCGCUAGCUCCUGGCAGGUGGGCAUGGGAACGGGCAAACAGUCAUUCUCCCUGACUCGUAAUGGGCAGAAAAUUCUUAGCGGGGACAGUCUGAAAGACAUCAUUAGCGAUUGUGUUUGCGGAAUUUACAACUUUAACGCCUAUGUCGGAACGCUGCCAGCUGGAGCGUCGGACCCGCUCUCAGCAGAUGGCUUGAGAAGCUUCACCAACAGUCUGUCCGCCACAUGCCAGCCAACGCCUUCUCUUGGCACCGCAACAGGAGCGGGGACAGGGGUUGUUGCUGUCCCUACUGCUGUUGGCACUAAUUCUUCGGCUUUAUCAAUGAUUGGCGGUACUGGAAACUCUACAUCAUCAGGCAGUGGUGGUCCCCAACCCUCAGCAGUCAGAAUCGCAGUAUCACCUCUUCAAGGCUCUGGCGCGACAUCCUCAUCCGCCGUAGCAGGAGCACCGGCAACAACAUCGCAGACUCCUACAACCACGUCAUCGACCACCGCAGCAAUUAUGGGUAGUGGAAGCAAGACAAUAACAGCGCUGAGUCAGCUGUUCCCAACGAAUUGUAUGCAUGCUGGCUUUGUGUGGGGAGGACCUCCAGGCUCAGAUCCUGCUGCAUGGUGUAAUGGUGGAUGA